GAUGAAGAAGAAGAAAUCAAACUGGAGAUUAAUAUGCUAAAGAAAUAUUCUCAUCAUAGAAAUAUUGCAACUUAUUAUGGUGCUUUCAUUAAGAAAAGUCCUCCAGGACAUGAUGACCAACUGUGGCUUGUUAUGGAGUUUUGUGGAGCAGGCUCUAUCACAGACCUUGUGAAGAACACGAAAGGGAAUACUCUGAAAGAAGACUGGAUAGCAUAUAUCUCCAGAGAGAUUCUUCGGGGGUUGGCACAUCUUCAUGCCCAUCAUGUGAUUCACAGGGAUAUCAAAGGGCAAAAUGUGUUGUUAACAGAGAACGCAGAAGUGAAACUUGUGGAUUUCGGUGUGAGCGCUCAGCUGGACAGGACAGUUGGCAGAAGAAACACUUUUAUUGGAACUCCGUACUGGAUGGCUCCAGAAGUUAUUGCCUGUGAUGAAAAUCCAGAUGCUACGUAUGAUUACAGAAGUGACCUUUGGUCAUGCGGCAUUACAGCCAUAGAGAUGGCAGAAGGAGCUCCCCCGCUUUGUGACAUGCAUCCCAUGAGGGCACUCUUUCUGAUACCCAGGAACCCUCCCCCACGGUUAAAAUCCAAGAAAUGGUCAAAAAAGUUUUUCAGCUUUAUAGAAGGUUGUCUAGUGAAGAAUUACAUGCAGCGACCUUCUACAGAACAACUCUUGAAACAUCCCUUUAUACGUGACCAACCAAACGAAAGGCAAGUCCGAAUCCAGCUUAAGGACCAUAUAGACAGGACCAGGAAGAAGAGAGGAGAGAAAGAUGAGACGGAGUAUGAAUAUAGUGGAAGUGAGGAAGAAGAGGAGGAAGUGCCUGAACAAGAAGGAGAGCCCAGUUCCAUUGUCAAUGUGCCUGGAGAAUCAACUCUCCGACGUGAUUUCCUGAGACUACAGCAGGAAAACAAGGAACGGUCCGAGGCCCUUCGGAGACAGCAACUGCUGCAGGAGCAGCAGCUCCGUGAGCAGGAGGAGUACAAGAGGCAGCUGCUGGCAGAGAGGCAGAAGCGCAUUGAGCAGCAGAAGGAGCAAAGGAGGCGGCUAGAAGAGCAACAAAGAAGAGAACGGGAAGCUCGAAGGCAACAAGAGCGUGAGCAAAGGCGGAGAGAACAGGAAGAAAAGAGACGUCUGGAAGAAAUGGAGAGGAGGCGUAAGGAAGAGGAAGAGAGAAGAAGAGCAGAGGAAGAAAAGAGGAGGGUAGAAAGGGAGCAGGAGUAUAUCAGGCGACAGCUAGAAGAGGAGCAGCGGCACUUGGAAAUUCUACAGCAGCAGCUGCUCCAGGAGCAGGCCAUGUUACUGGAAUACAGAUGGCGAGAGAUGGAGGAACACCGACAGGCGGAGCGACUCCAGCGCCAGUUGCAGCAGGAGCAAGCCUACCUCCUGGCGCUGCAGCUUCACAAGCAGCAGCAGCAGCAGCAGCAGCAGCAGCAGCAGCAGCAAGAAAGAAAUAAACAAAGCUAUCAUACCCCUGAGCCAAAAUCCCACUAUGAGCCUGCUGAAAGAGCGCGUGAGGUGGAGGAGAGAUUUAGAAAAACUAAUCAGGGCUCCCCUGAAGCACAGUCUAAGCAGAUGGGCAAAGUGUUGGAGCCACCAGUGCCUUCAAGAUCAGAGUCCUUUUCCAAUGGAAACUCAGAACCUGCUCAGCCUGCCCUGCAGAGGCCGAUGGAGCCCCAGGUACAGUGGUCCCAUCUGGCAUCUCUCAAGAACAAUGUUUCCCCUGUCUCGCGAUCCCAUUCCUUCAGUGACCCUUCUCCCAAAUUUGCUCAUCACCAUCUUCGUUCCCAGGACCCAUAUCCACCUUCACGCAGUGAAGUGCUAAAUCAGAGUUCUGACUCUAAGUCGGAGGUACCCGACCCCACCCAAAAGGCUUGGGCUAGAUCAGACAGUGACGAGGUGCCUCCAAGGGUACCUGUGAGAACAACGUCCCGAUCACCAGUCCUGUCCCGCCGUGAUUCUCCACUGCAGGGUAGUGGGCAGCAAAAUAACCAAGCAGGUCAAAGAAACUCCACGAGCAAUAUAGAGCCUCGUCUGCUGUGGGAAAGGGUGGAAAAGCUCGUACCAAGACCGGGCAGUGGCAGUUCUUCAGGUUCAAGCAACUCUGGCUCACAGCCGGGCUCCCACCCCGGCUCUCAAAGUGGGUCUGGAGGGCGGUUCCGGAUGAGAUCAUCAUCCAAAUCAGAGGGUUCGCCAUCACAGCGUCAUGAAAGUGCACCUAAAAAGCCUGAAGAGAAAAAGGAAGUCUUCAGACCUAUCAAGCCUGCUGGAGAAGUGGAUUUAACUGCAUUGGCAAAGGAAUUGCGAGCAGUAGAGGAUGUGCGACCUCCACAUAAAGUGACGGAUUAUUCAUCCUCAAGUGAGGAGUCAGGGACGACAGAUGAGGAAGAUGAUGACAUGGAACAAGAAGGAGCAGACGAAUCUACUUCUGGACCAGAUGAUGUCCGAGCAGUGUCAACAUUGAACUUGAGCAAUGGUGAAACAGAAUCAGUGAAAACCAUGAUUGUCCAUGACGAUGUGGAGAGUGAGCCUGCCUUGACCCCUUCUAAGGAGGGCACCUUAAUUGUCCGACAGAGUACAGUUGACAAAAAGCGUGCCAGCCAUCAUGAGAGCAAUGGCUUUGCCGGGCGCAUUCACCUCUUGCCAGAUCUCUUACAGCAAAGCCAUUCCUCCUCCACUUCCUCCACCUCCUCCUCCCCAUCCUCCAGCCAGCCGACACCCACCAUGUCCCCACAGACACCCCAGGACAAGCUAACUACUAAUGAGACUCAGUCCGCUAGUAACACACUCCAGAAACACAAAUCUUCCUCCUCCUUUACACCUUUUAUAGACCCCAGAUUACUACAGAUUUCUCCAUCUAGUGGAACAACUGUGACUUCUGUGGUAGGAUUUCCUACUGAAGCAAUGAGAUCAGAGGCAAUAAGGCAAGACCCUACACGGAAAGGAUCAGUUGUCAAUGUGAAUCCCACGAAUACGCGGCCACAGAGUGAUACCCCGGAGAUUCGCAAAUACAAGAAGAGAUUCAAUUCUGAGAUACUGUGUGCUGCCUUAUGGGGAGUGAACUUGUUAGUGGGCACUGAGAGUGGUCUGAUGCUGCUGGACAGAAGCGGUCAGGGGAAGGUUUAUCCACUCAUCAAUCGAAGACGAUUCCAGCAAAUGGAUGUACUUGAAGGGCUGAAUGUCUUGGUGACAAUUUCUGGUAAGAAGAACAAGUUGCGAGUCUACUAUUUGUCCUGGUUAAGAAAUAAAAUCCUUCACAACGACCCUGAGGUAGAAAAGAAACAGGGCUGGACAACAGUGGGCGACUUGGAAGGCUGUGUGCACUAUAAAGUUGUAAAAUAUGAAAGAAUCAAGUUCUUGGUAAUUGCAUUGAAGAGUUCUGUGGAAGUCUAUGCAUGGGCACCAAAGCCAUACCAUAAAUUUAUGGCCUUUAAGUCAUUUGGAGAAUUGGUACAUAAGCCAUUGCUGGUGGAUCUAACCGUAGAAGAGGGUCAGAGACUAAAAGUGAUCUAUGGCUCCUGCGCUGGCUUCCAUGCCGUUGAUGUGGAUUCAGGAUCGGUCUAUGAUAUUUAUCUACCAACACAUAUCCAGAGCAGUAUCCAACCUCAUGCAAUCAUCAUUCUCCCAAACACGGAUGGGAUGGAGCUACUGGUCUGCUAUGAGGAUGAAGGAGUUUAUGUCAACACGUACGGAAGGAUCACCAAGGAUGUGGUUCUACAGUGGGGAGAAAUGCCGACUUCGGUUGCGUACAUCCGAUCCAACCAGAUUAUGGGCUGGGGAGAAAAAGCUAUCGAAAUACGAUCGGUGGAAACUGGACACUUGGAUGGUGUGUUCAUGCACAAAAGGGCGCAAAGACUCAAGUUUUUAUGCGAACGCAAUGACAAGGUUUUCUUUGCCUCCGUACGGUCAGGUGGAAGCAGUCAAGUCUAUUUCAUGACCCUUGGCAGGACUUCUCUUCUGAGCUGGUAGAAGCGAUGGGAUUUGGCGAGGAAUUGCUGACAUCCAGAGUCUGAGAUCUUCAUAACUCGGAAUUAUUUUCAACUGGAGUACAGACCUGCACUAAUGCAGCACUCUGUGUAAAUGUGUGUGCAGGCAUCACUGGUGUUAGGUUUCUUUAUGUUUUUCAACUGAGGCUGCGACGCAGCUGGUGCUGUAAAGAUAUUGCCAUCAGGUGCUACAAUGUCUUUGAGAUUUGGGAUCACGCUAGAAAGCUACAGGUCGUCUUUUCCCUUCAGCUCCAGGAUUCCUAGGCUUUGAAGGACUCUGUUUGUUAGUGUUAAAACAGAGAGGGGGGAAAAAAAAGGAAAAAAACCCAGACUUAUCAUGAACAUGCUGUUGAGUGGACAGGAGGCAGGCAAGAGAAGGUGAGAAGUGGUGCAGAGAGUCAGACUGGCUGAAACAGAGGGCAGAUCUAGUCUAGUAAUGUUAACAAUGUAUUUAAUUGACAUUUCUUUUUUGUAAUGUGACAAUAUGUGGACAAAGAGGAAGGUGGAGGUUUUAAGAAGUUAAUAUUUAUAAAAUGUGAAAGACACAGUGACUAGGAUAACUUCUUUUUGGGGACAGGGAGGGUGGGAAGGGGCUUGGGGUGGAAUUCUUGGGGUUUUUUUGUUUCUGCAGUUUUAUUUUGGCCUGGCCAAUAACUUUAGUCAUUUUCUGUGUACCAGGUAUUGCCUGAAACAUGUGCAGAUGAUAAAAAAGAAAAAAAAAAAAAGAAAAAAAGGAAAAAAAAAAAAGAUUUCAUUUUCUAUAAUGAUUCUGUGUUAGGCCAGAACUUGGUUAUGUCACAGUAUUAGCACUGCCUCAGUUAAAGGUUUAAUUUUUGUUUAAACCUAGAAGUGCAACAACAGUUUUACCACAGUCUGCACUCACAGAACUAAAAAAAAAAAAAAAAAAAAAAAA